AUGGACGGCAGUAAGAACUCCUCUCUGUGCUUUCCUAACCAUAACUCCUCCUGCAGGAGGCUGCUGCUGCCCCUCUCUGAGACCGUUCUGUUUCACACAUUGCUGACUCUCAUCUCCCUGCUCACUGUAAUGCUCAACCUGCUCGUCAUCAUCUCCAUCUCCCACUUCAGGCAGCUGCACAACCCAACCAACUCCCUGCUCCUGUCUCUGGCUGUGUCUGACCUGGCGGUGGGGCUGCUGGUGAUGCCCAUCGAGGGGCUGCGGUACUUGGAGACAUGCUGGCUGCUGGGGAGGCUGAUGUGUGCUCUGACUCCUUAUGUCUUUUACUGUCUGAUCUCUGCCUCUUUGGGCCACAUGGUGCUUAUAUCUGUAGAUCGCUAUGUGGCCAUCUGUGACCCACUCCUUUACCCCACGAGGAUCACAAUGAUUAAUGUGAAGAUCUGUGUUUCUCUCUGUUGGGUCUGUUCGCUGCUCUACAACGGAUUGAUCCUGAUGGAACAUUUAGGCCAGCCAGAUAGGUUCAGCACCUGUCACGGGGAGUGUGUUGUAAUCGUAAGCCGAGUUUCAGGAACUGUUGAUCUCUUUUUCACCUUCAUAGCACCAUGUACUGUGAUGGUUUAUCUUUAUUUCAGAGUGCUUCUGGCUGCUCUCUCCCAGGUGCGUCUCAUCCGUUCACAGACAGCGGCUACAGCUGUAAAAUCAGCUCAAGCUGUUACAAGAUCUGAGUGGAAGGCAGCCAGGAGCCUCGCCAUUGUAAUUGCUGUGUUUAUAAUGUGUUAUUCUCCUUAUUUUUAUCCUUCCUUGGAGGGAAAGGACACAUCCAGCAGCUUGUCCUACUUUUCUGCUCUGACUUGGAUUAUGUUGCUGAACUCUAGUAUGAAUCCUAUCAUUUAUGUUUUGUUCUACCCCUGGUUCAGAAAAGCUAUCAAACUUAUCCUAACCCUAAAAAUACUGCAGCCUGACUCCUGCGACAUGAAGAUGCUGUAG